AUGUCAUCUCCAGACCCCAACCGCGUCGCGAGCAUCAUGCUGUCUUGGCACUCGCUUGACCUCGUGUCAUGUACAACGCUACAGAGACUCUGGGCAGGGUACGGGUACAUCUGCGCCAUCACCGCGCGAGCCACCAGCAAAAAGGCAGCGGAGCACCUGGACAAGCUCUGCGGAGUGGAAUCCGGAACAGAUGGGUCUACCUACCCCCUUAUCCUCAAGCUUAUAUCUCCACCGAAGAAGAGCUCUGACAAUGCGGAUGAAGGCCACCUACGGAAGAUGCUAAGCUACGAGGUGGAGCAGUACUUCUACACCCAUACGGUGCCACUCCUAGGCGAUGACAUUGCCGUUGCUAAGUGCCUCGCUUCGACGCGAGAUAUGAACGGUCACGAAGGCGAGGAUGAGCUGAAGGGUUUAAUAGCGACUGUCAUGGUCGACCUGCGUCCUAAAUACCCAGUUUCCGGAGAGAAAAGGGCUGUUCUAAGCGGCGUGCAGGUUCACGGGGCGCUGGACUGGCUCGCUCGCUUUCACAGCCGCUCAUGGGGACGGCUGCCGGAUAGCCUUGACCAAUAUGUCUUGCCGCCUCUGGAAGAAAACAAGAGAAGGCAAGGCGGAGGUAAAGUUGGGAAAGAGCUUUGGCUCAACGGAGGAUACACGUACCUCGCGACGCGGCGGAAAGAGUACGCUUCGCUCGUCGACGACUCUUACUCGGAGUGGUCAGAGGCCUUGUGCGGCCCAUUCGAAGACCUCAAACUGUCCGUUGCUGAGGUGGUCGCGCUGCUAUUAACCCCUUCUGGAAGACCAAUGGAAUCAUUGAUUCAUGGCGACGUCAAGUCGGAGAACCUGUUCACGACACGCGAUGGAGAGCGAGUGGCGUUCUUUGACUUCCAGUACGUCGGCCUAGGGCUCGGAGUCUGUGACCUCGCCAAACUAUUUACCUGUUCGGUGCCGUUGGAUAUACUCGUUGAUGAUGAGUAUUUGCCUGAUCAGUUGGCAAUGAGUGACGGCGAAAGGCGACUGCUAGAGCGUUACCGCUCUUUUUUGGUACGGGAUAAAGGGUCGGACUUUUACGAAUGGAAAACGUUCAAACGACACUGGGAGACGGCUCUUGUUGACUGGUGUAGAUUCCAGGCUUCUUGGGGCUUCUGGGGAAAUACCGAGUGGCUUGAGGCUCGCGUAAGAUCGAUCUUGAGCGACAGUGGAUGGAGAGACUGGCUGCGUGGGAGUAUCGACAGCCAGGCAUAA